CGAUAUUUUUGUUGUGCGAAAUUCGUGUGUGCUUAGAUGGACCUGUAAUUGGUCUAUAUGUAUUAUUAUUUAUUUCCGUUUGAAAGUUGAAGUUUUGUGAGUAGAAUGUCAUCUUCAAGGUAUGAUGAUCGUCGAUAUUUCUCUGGUAGCAGAGACAGAUCAUACAGUAGUCGAAGGGAUCGGGAUUCAAGACGGCGAUCUCCUAGUCCUGGUCCCAGCAGAGGCCGCAGUCCUUCGCCAUCUGACAAACCUCGAGAUGAGAAUGAAUUACCUACUGCAUUUGGGCGUCCCGUACCAUCAGUAUUCGAGAAGGAUAAUGAGAAUGUUUUAAAGCGGAUGCAUACUGCCUUUGCCAAAACUCCUCUUUCAGUAUUAACUAGAUGUGUUGAAACUAAUAUGAAAAUAAAGGUUUGGGUCCGAAAUGCUAAUGAAAUUCGUGGGUUAUGCAGUGGUUAUUUACUCGCUUUCGAUAAACACUGGAAUUUGUGUUUGUGUGACGUACUAGAAUACUACGUGCAGUCAAAAUAUCUAAAAGAACCAUUUCUAUGUGAGUUUACAGAUGAUGAUAUCCGAGAAUUGGAAAGACCAAUUUUAGGAGAAAGAGAGGGAAGGACUGCCGAAGAAGUGCCAUCAAAGGAAGCUGUGACGUCUAAAAGAGCAUUGAAAAGGGCUGCUUUAAAAGAGAAAAUGAAGAGAAGGCGAGUUCAUAAAGCACAUAUGAAAUAUUUAUUUAUUCGUGGUGAUAGUGUUGUAACAUUUGGUCUUUGUGAUCCUCUGAAGGAGCCAGUUUUUUUCUCUCCAACUGAGUUGUAAUUUUUUAAAUGUAUUUUUAUGAUGUUUUUUGUCAUCAAAUCAUGAUUAUGCAGAGUCAUUUUCUCAAGUUUCAGUCAUCGGUCCUUGUGAAAGUGCAAUUGCUGACUUGUAUCUUAAGCAUAUGUAAUAUUUUUUAAAAUAUAUAUUUAUGUUUUGUCUUUCAUUACGUGUAAACUUAUUGUAAGGAUUUUCUGAAUUCUCUUUUGUGCAUUCAUCUUUGUAUUAUUUGAAAAAAUUAGUUUCUGUCCCUUAAUUUUUAUGAUUUGUAUUUCAUCAAACUAUAUUCAUUUCAUUGAAAGAAUUAUAAUGAAUAUCUUAUUUUAAAGGAUUGACCUUGCAUUUCAAAUAUGUAUUCCAUACAAAAGCCACUAAAUAAAGAAUUUACUAAUUUAUGGAAGGUAAACUAUAGUUUGAAAUUAAUUUAGAUAGUCGACUGGUUUUUCAUUACUUUAAAAGGUUUUUAAAUCUUUGUAUUGGUAUAUUUCAGUUGCUUGGAAAAAUGUCUUAGAAUUCAGUUGUGAGAAGUUUCAUGGAUAAGAUUGCUCUUUAAAAAUAUCAUGUACUUUUUUUUGUAUAGUUUAUGUUGUGCUCAAUUAGAAUGCCCAGGCAGUUAAAAAAACAAUAACACAUUUUAAUACCUUGCUUCUAUUUAGAUUUGCCAAUUGAAUUUAUUUUUCAAUUUAUAUGUGUAUGUAGUAAAUAAUGAAGAGGAUUUGUAGGUGAUUUUAGAAAUUUUGUGAAAGAAUAUUAAACUUGUGAAUACAUUUUUCAAAAAAUGACUCCUUUUAUGCUCUCCUUAAUAAUUUUUGUUUCAAUGAUAUUUAAAUUUAAACUUAGCAGAAACAUGAGCAUUCUACUUUUUUCUGGGGAGCAAGGAAAGGUGGAGAGAUGCUGGCUUAAACAAAUCUUUUCAGUCUCUUGUUUACAUUCAUGCUAAAAGCAUUGUUGUAUGCAAUUAAUUUUAUUUUUAGUUGAAAAUUGGAAGAAUUUUUUACAUAUAAUUUAUUGUUGUUUCAUAUAUGAUCAAAGAGCUCAUGAAUAGGAGUGCAAAAACUUGGAAACUAAUAAUAUAUAUAUAAACAUGAAUGAUAAAAUGAUUUUUUUCUUUUUACAAUAAAUUUUUUUCUCAAGAUGCAACUUAUUUUUAUGAAUAAUAUUAGAUUUUCUUCUUUAAAAUUAUUAUUCAUUUACAGUUUUAUUUUAUUGUACUUUAAUUAAGACGAU